AUGGCCGACUCUGGUGAUGUCCAGUACCCUGCUGUUGCGAAACCUACUUCUGUCGCAGACAAUGUCGCCUCCGAAGCUUCCAAGACCAGUGCUGAGCUUCAGGGCUUGAAUGCCACCAAGGUCACCCCCAGCACCACUACCUCGACCGGCCAGCCCUUGACUCACUAUCAUUCACUGUUGUACAGCUUGUUGAGCUGGGAACGGCCACGCGCUACUGCUAUCUCUUUUGCCAGCGUUGUCACCUUUAUUCUUGCUGCUCGCUAUUUACCUCUUCUGCGAUGGGUUUUCAAAUUCCUUUACGUCACCCUUGGAUUCACCGCCGCUGCUGAAGGAGCCGGCAAGCUUGUUCUCAACAAGGGCCUUGCGAGCUCUUUCCGUCCCCGUAAAUACUACACCCUGCCGAAGGAAACCGUCGAGGGAAUCCUGGAAGACCUAGGCCAACUGUCCGACUUCUUCCUGAUUGAGUUCCAACGCAUUCUGUUCGCCGAGAAUGUCGUUUACACUGCCGCCGCUUUCAUCGCCGCUUUCCUGUCGUACUGGCUCAUCAAAAUUGUUCCUCUUUGGGGUCUGUCUUUGAUCGCCGUCAGCGUCGCCUAUCUCGGCCCUCUGAUCUACAUCAGCAACCGCGAGAUCAUCGAUGAGCAAAUCGCCGAGGUUCAGAAGCUUAUCAACGCUCAAGCAAACCAAGCCAAGGAGCUUGCCAACCAGCACACCUCACGCGCCACCGGCUUGGUGAAGCAAUAUGCCAACGAAUACAGCAGCAAGGCUCAGGACUACAUCGGCAGCCGCCACGCUGCCGCUCCUGUAGCUACCAAAGUCCCAGCUGCCAACCCCGAGCCCGUGAGCCCUCCCAAGUUCGAGACCACCGACUUCCCCGAGGCUCCCAAGACUGAGCCGGUUGCUGCUGCUGCUACUCCCGAGACCGAAUCUGCUGCGUCCACGGAGAGCCAGCAAGAGCCUCUUUUGGCUCUGUAA